ACGCUGCACACACAGCUCUGCUGCACGUCAUACAGUCUUACCACUACUACAUACACAUUACAGAUGCACACAGGCACAGCUCUGCCGUCUCUCUACACCCUGCACACACAGCUCUGCUGCACAUACGUCAUACAGUCUCACCCCUGCUGCAUGCACAUUUUACACUGAGCUAGACCGCCAGACCCAACCAUUCAGCACUGCUGCAUGCACGCUCCCCCUGACUCCUCCCACGCACGUGACCGAUCACGUGGCCCUGACAUCAACAAACGUCCUUUAACCCACUAGGCUCCGCCAUCUACCGGGGAUUCAGCGCCGGAGACAAGAGGCGACCGGGUCGUCGACUUCCGGGGCUGUGCGUCACGUGACCCUCACCGGCAGCGCUCGGUCCCUGCGCCGUCCUCCCUGCACAGGAUGCGUUACGUCACCGCGGCCGUGAUGUCAUGAGGAAGGCGAAGGGGCGGAGUUGUGAUUGACAGAUCGCUGACACACGGUUCCCAGGGUAUGACGACUCUCAGCAAGGGAAACAGCAAAGCUCUGAAGGUAAAGAGGGAGCCAGGGGAGAAUGGCACCAGCCUUACAGACGAAGAAUUGGUCACCAUGUCUGUGCGGGAGCUGAACCAACAUCUCCGUGGUUUGUCCAAGGAUGAGAUCAUCCAACUGAAGCAGCGACGGCGCACCCUUAAGAAUCGCGGGUACGCGGCAAGCUGCAGGGUGAAGCGGGUGACGCAAAAAGAAGAGCUGGAGAAGCAGAAGGUAGAACUGCAGCAGGAGGUGGAGAAACUCGCCUCCGAGAAUGCCAGCAUGCGCCAGGAACUGGACUCUCUGAGGUCAAAGUAUGAAGCUCUGCAGAGCUUUGCCAGGACUGUCGCCAGAAGCCCCAUCAACCCUCCCAGGGGAGCGUUUCCACCUGGCAUGAGGCCUCUUAUACCAGGAAAAGUAGCUGCCACUAGUGUCAUUACCAUAGUGAAGUCUAAAACGGAGGCGCAUUCUUAGGGGGGAGUGGAAAACACGAUGGGGCUACUGACCUUCCAUAGCGUUUCCCAAAGCACAAGUACCCAAAGAAUUCCUUAGCUACCGGAAAGGUUUCCAGCAGUGGAACAAGGUAUCGUCUAUGGGAGAAGUUGGGUGCUUUGGUAGGGAAUACGACAUUUCGGCAUUUGUGUCUUUGCAGCAAGCGGGAAAGUGACGAAUAGUGGGAGGUCUCUCACUAAGCUUCCUCUGACCAAGUGUUCAAGCACUUAGUCCACCAGAAUGGUGAGUGACGGAGAUGCAGAGUCAACGCCGGCUGUAGUUUCCACACUUGAAAGAGUCCAUAGGAUUUGUCUGUGUUUUGAGUUUUCCCGUCCUGUCGAGCCUUCAGUGUACAGUGUGACGUCCGGUUGUGCUCCACGUCUUGGGUCGGUAUACGCAGUCCAUAUACUUGAAGUACGCGGUGUUGUGGCUCCGUCUGUACAGUGUGACGUCGGGUGGUUCUGCUUCUUUUGUGACUGGUGUGUGUUUGUGUGCAGUUCUCCUGCGUGUUGUGUAGUUUGUGAUGUUGGACUUUGCUGCUCCUUUUUGGAUCGUUCAGUUCGUUAGUGGUGUGAAGUCUUCCAGCCUGUGGGUCAGCUUGCUGUCCUGUGUUGUCAGAGUGUGUCCUCCUCCGUUGUGGUCGGUGUGCAGUCUUCACUUGGGUUAGUGAACGUGAUGGUUUGUUCUCAAUGUGGUGGAAUAUCCUUUGAAGUUGGUGGCGUUUUUUGUGCCAAAAAUAAUAUAUCAUACUGCAUUGAUGGUGACGUUGAUGGGAAGAGCCACUCUGCUCGUUUGUGACUAUGUUGCCCGAUCCAUAAUUCAAGUAGAAGAUCUUUGCGUGAGGCUUCCUCUCUGAAAGACAAUGGGCUUCUUCCUGAACAUCCAUCAAAGCCUGAAAGUACAGUAUGUCUGCAUAGUCAUGGUGGUGGGACCGUCUUGAGAGGAGCCCAUGGGCCAAUCUUUUUUUGGACAUUCAUGGUCAGGCAUCACAAUUUGCAACCUUUGAUCACGGCAGUUGCAAACUGAGGAAAACUGUGCUAUGCUUAGAUGACAAGAAUUGUAGAUCCUUAGGCCAGCCAUGCUCAAGAGCUGCGUGUCGUCUGACAGCUGUUCCUCCCUUUCCCCCCAUCCAUACACAGAUGUUUUUGGCUCGGCCAAGCAUGCAUGUGUUCUGAAUUGGGAGUAAGCUGCUGCCAUACACCUCCCCAAGAAUAAAAGUAUUGGGCAUGUUGAAAUCCAGCUACCCCAUCCUUAACUCCUCCGGCAGCUGCUGCUGGGGAGAGUUAGGAGGCCCCCCAUACACAUUAGAUGAUCAGCCAACCCCGCUGUAAUCUAUUGUGUAUAGUCAGGAAUUGUCUAUUUUUUUUUAUAAAUCUACCCCCGGCUAUUGGGACCUGUGGAGAAAUCCAUACUCAUCUGCUCCCCGCCGCUGAUUUCUGGUCCACGUCCGUCAGCUUCCUGUAUGAAUUUGGUCCACAUGUACCUCUGCGGCCAAUGACUGGCCUCAGUGGUGACUUAAUGCAUCACCAAUAAGUUCAGUCAUUGGCUGCAGUAGAGCACGUGACCCUGACCACCCAGAGGUUUACAGGACAGGGACCAGAAGACCACAGAAAGGAGACUUAACCAAGUGGUGCAGAUUU